AUGGACGAACUUCUCUUUAAAGUGGCAGAAGAUGUAAAAAACUUUUGUGUUAUUUACGUGGUGGAUACAACAGAAGUACCGGAUUUCACGACGAUGUACGAGUUGUAUGACCCUGUGACAGUAAUGUUUUUCUAUCGGAAUAAGCAUAUGAUGAUUGAUUUGGGAACAGGGAACAACAACAAAAUUAACUGGGCUAUGAACAACAAACAAGAACUGAUAGAUAUCAUUGAGUGCAUCUACAGGGGAGCCAGAAAAGGCCGCGGUCUCGUCAUCUCCCCCAAGGAUUACUCCACAAAAUACCGCUACUGA